CGCGUGCAUAUUAAGUCGUUCAAGUGUACAGCGGACAUUUGAGAGCUCGCCAAAGACACAAUGAGCAAGAGGAAAGCGCCUCAGGAAUCCCCGAAUGAGGGAAUAACUGACUUUCUGGUCGAGCUGGCCAAUUAUGAGAAGAACGUCAACAGGGCAAUACACAAGUCCAACGCGUACAGGAAAGCAGCAUCUACCAUCUCCAAGUACCCAAACAAAAUCAAAAAUGGCGACGAGGCCAAGAAACUGGAAGGUGUUGGAGCUAAAAUAGCAGAAAAGAUUGAUGAGUUCCUACAAACUGGCACGCUACGGAAACUGGAAAAGAUCCGUACCGAUGACACCAGCUCUUCUAUCAAUUUCCUCACCAGAGUCACUGGAAUCGGCCCCGCGGCCGCCAGGAAGUUUUUUGAAGACGGGGUGAAGACAUUAGAAGAUUUGAAAAAGAUCGAGCACAAGCUCAACCAUCAUCAACAGAUCGGACUCAAGUACUUUGAGGAGUUUGAGAAAAGGAUUCCACGUGCUGAAAUGGAACAGAUGGAGACUUAUAUUGUUGGAGAGCUGAAGGAGAUCGGAACAGAAUAUAUUGGGACAAUCUGUGGAAGCUACAGGAGAGGCGCAGCAUCGAGUGGUGAUAUUGAUAUUUUGCUGACCCACCCGGACUACACCUCUGAGACUGAGAAACAGCCCAAGCUCCUUCAUGCAGUAGUCGACCAUUUGGAGUCCAUUGGGUUUGUGACCGACACCAUGUCCAAAGGAGACACUAAGUACAUGGGUGUCUGCCAGCUGCAGAAGAGUGAUGGAGAUGAGGAAGAAUACCUUCACAGGCGUAUUGAUAUUAGGUUAAUCCCCAAGGACCAGUACUACUGUGGAGUUCUCUAUUUCACCGGAAGUGAUAUCUUCAAUAAAACCAUGAGAACUCAUGCGCUGGAGAAGGGCUUCACUCUUAAUGAGUACACCAUACGGCCACUCGGGGUCACUGGUGUGGCAGGGGAGCCUCUGUUGGUGGAUAGUGAGAGAGACAUCUUUGAAUACAUCCACUACAAAUACAGAGAGCCAAAGGACCGCAGCCAGUGAUGCAAAUGUUUACACUUUCAUUUGAAGCUGCAGCUUUGAGAUCAGAAGCAUGUGUACAUAUGUGUGUGUUAGUAUACCAUUCAACUAUGUUAUUGAAAAGAAAACGACUGUGAAAGUCAUUUCAAUUUAUUUGCUGUGUUCUUCUUUCUUGAGUUGACAUCAUCCCCUUUAAUGACAUUUGUACCUAAACACACACUCAACAACAUUGAUAUUUUGUUGUUAUAAACAGGUUAAUUCUCCAGGUCAUGUAUCUUCUUCUAAUUAUCUUUUCCACCACAUUUAGCCUUGAACGUAGUUCCCUUUAACACACUGGCUGAGCUGAGGCUUUUUAAUGGUUCAUUGUGUCAGUCAACACAGCAGUGUUACUACUUUAUGUUAGUAGUUAGGUUAAUAAAAAAAAUCUCAUUUCCCAUGGACAUUCAAGAGUGUGUUUUUAAACCUGUAGUAUUUAUCUUCCAAUUUGGGGCAAACUAAUGAAUUUAAAAUAAGAUGCAAACAGCUUAGUUUCUGCAUAUGGGUGCUAAUUUGGGACAUAAAGGUCAUUGAUUUUUAUUUCAUUUUUAGAUAAAUGAGUAUUUUUUUCCUCAGUUAUUGUUUGAUAUGUGAAUAUGACUGUUACACUCGUAGACUUCAUGUGGUUGUGUGAGGCAUUUUGAAAGUGAUGGAUAAAAAUUGACCAGGUCACUGAAAUACUGCUACAGUGUACUCUGCUGGUACAGAUCUUAAUCUGUAACACAGAAUUUGUGUAUUAGGAUUAGGACGUCGAUUCAGUUUUGUAUGUGGAGGAUUGCAAAUAUUGCUGGAAAUAUUUAAGAAAAUAAAAAUAAAUUGGUAACCCAAUCAUACAAUGACAAUUUUCAUUUAUUUCAAUUUUCACUUUGUUUUUGAACUAUCAAAUUGUAAAUGAGUUUGUUGUAGCAUUAAUAUAGACCCUUCUCACAAAAAUGGGAUAGAGCAUUUUGGCUUCAUAAGAAAAAAGUUAAAACCAAUAUGUUCUUUCUCAAUAUCACAAGAAACUGUGUUGUAACAAAAAUGAUCUAAAGAGAUGCUUAAUGCUGGUGGGGUUGUUUGAUGCAAACUAUAUUGUCAAAUAACUAACUGUUUUGUUGUCAAGGGUGGAAUUUUAGAGUAACAUCUGGUACAUCACAUUUGGCCUAAAAUUAGUUUUCAUGCUUGAAAGAAUGAUAUGCUGUACUAUGACGUUUAUCACAUUUCGUUUGGUACAAUAAGACUUGUUUUAUGGCAUACUUUACUAUGGCGUACUAUAUACUGUGACUUGUUU